UGAUUAUCAGAUGAUUUUUAUUUACCUUUUAUUUAGAAAAAUUAAUUUCCUAUCGAAAAAUAAAAAAAUAUUUCCUGAGAAGAAUAUAAAUUAAAGAUGAGCAAAAUACCUCGGAAUGCUUUGUCACUGAAGGAGUUUAUGUUACGUCAGGAGGUUUUAAAAUUAUAUCGUGAUAUAUUUCGAACAAUCAGGCAGGUGCCUGAUAAAAAUAGUCAACUAGAACUAAAACAAUGGGCUAGACAUGAUUUCCGAAUAAAUUCUAUGCAAAAGGAUGAACUUGCUAUUAAAAUGUUGAUUCAACAUGGAAAGCGAUCACUUACCGAAUUGAAAAAUAGCUUACAAUUAAGCGGCGUUGGCAAAUUUUAAUAAUAAU